UCCACUUCCACUCAAAGGGCAAAAGCAAAAACAGCAAAAAAGGAAGAUGGCAAGACUACUGUUACUUUUCCUCCCAGGUCUUGUGGCCGUAUGUGCCGUGCACGGAAUAUUUAUGGACAGACUUGCUUCCAGGAAGCUGUGUGCAGAUGACGAGUGUGUCUAUACUAUUUCUCUGGCCCGAGCUCAAGAAGAUUACAGUGCCCCAGACUGUAGAUUCAUUAACGUUAAAAAAGGGCAGUGGAUCUAUGUUUACUCAAAGCUGGUAAAAGAAAAUGAAGCUGGAGAAUUUUGGGCUGGCAGUGUUUAUGGCGAUCAACCUGAGGACGAGAUGGGAACUGUGGGUUAUUUCCCCAGCAACUUGGUCCAGGAGCAACACGUGUACCAAGAAGCCACCAAGGAAGUUCCCACCACGGAUAUUGACUUCUUCUGCGAGUAAGAAGUUAGACAAAUUUGCAGAUAGAAAGGAAACACCAAAAACAAAGAAAAAAGCGAAAAUAACCAAAAAA